CUAACGCAGGCCUACAUUGUGUACAUGGGAUCACUUCCUGCAGUAGAACACUUACCAAUAUCAUCUAACCAUCUUAGUAUGCUUCAAGAAGUUGUUCAGAGCAGCUCUGUUGCAAAUUUUUUAAUCAGAAAUUAUGAAAGGACCUUCAAUGGAUUUGCUGCCAAGCUCACCAAUCAAGAGGCAAAAAAGCUGGCCAGCAUGAAAGGAGUAGUAUCUGUUUUUCCAAGUAGAACUCUCCACCUUCUUACAACAAGAUCUUGGGAUUUUAUGGGAUUCCAUGAGAAUUCUAACCACAAUCUAGCUGCUGAGAGCGAAGUCAUCAUUGGUGUCCUUGAUACCGGAAUCUGGCCAGAGUCAGCUAGCUUUCAAGAUGAAGGUUUUGGUCCUCCUCCCAAAAAGUGGAAAGGAGUUUGCAAAGGAGGCAAAAAUUUCACCUGCAACAACAAGAUCAUUGGAGCUCGAUUUUACUCAUCAUCAUCAUCAUCAAAUUCGACAGAUGGGACUGCAAGAGAUGUUGAGGGUCAUGGAAGCCAUACUGCGUCUACCGCAGCUGGUAACAAAGUAAAAGAUGCUAGUUUCUUUGGACUGGGGCAAGGAACUGCAAGAGGAGCAGUUCCCUCCGCCAGGAUUGCUGCAUAUAAAGUCUGUCAUCCAGAAGGGUGUGAUUCAAUGGAUAUUUUGGCAGCUUUUGAUGAUGCCAUUGCUGAUGGAGUCGAUAUUAUAACGGUUUCACUUGGAGGAGAGUCUGCAGUUGAUUUUUACGAAGAUACAAUUGCGAUAGGUGCUUUUCAUGCCAUGGAGAAAGGAAUACUUACCUUAAAUUCUGCAGGCAAUAAUGGUUUAUCAGGAUUGCAAUCAGUAUCAAGCGUAGCACCAUGGAUGGUUUCUGUAGCAGCAAGUAGCACAGAUCGCCAGUUCAUUGACAAGGUUAUUCUUGGGGAUGGGGAAAAACUAAAUGGAUUCUCAGUUAAUUCCUUCAAUCUCAAUGGAACAAAGUUCCCCCUGAUGUAUGGAAAAUAUGUCUCAAAAAAUUGUUCUGAAACCGAGGCCAUGCUGUGUGAAGAGGAUUGUCUAGAUAGUAGUUUGGUAGAAGGAAAAAUUGUGCUAUGUGAUCAGUUUAAAGGAAGCUUUGAAGCUCAUAGAGCCGGCGCAGCCGGAUCAAUUUUGCUAAAUGAAGAUUUCAAGAAUCUUUCAUCUAUGGUCUCAUUACCUGCACUGGCUUUAAGCAAUGACAACUAUGAUUUUGUCAAAUCCUAUGUGAAAUCGACCAAAAAACCUGAAGCAGAAAUACUAAAAAGUGAAGUCAUCAAAGAUUCUGCUGCUCCUGUUGUUGCCAUCUUCUCAUCCCGGGGUCCAAAUUUUAUUAUACCGGACAUUUUGAAGCCAGAUUUAACUGCUCCAGGGGUCAACAUCUUGGCAGCAUAUUCACCACUAGGUUCACCCUCGAAUGAUCCUACAGACAAGAGGCAAGUUGAAUACAACAUAGUGUCUGGAACCUCAAUGUCAUGCCCUCAUGCUGCUGGUAUAGCUGCAUAUGUUAAGACAUUCCAUUCUGACUGGUCCCCUUCUGCCAUCCAAUCUGCUCUCAUGACUACUGCUCGGGCCAUGGAUCAAUCCAAAAAUGAUGAUGGUGAAUUUGCUUAUGGUUCUGGGCAUAUUAACCCAAUAAAAGCUGUUGAUCCUGGGCUAGUAUAUGAAGCGUUUAAAGAGGACUACAUAAAGUUGAUGUGCAGCAUAGGGUAUGCCCCAGAUUCAAUUAGAGCUAUAUCAGGAGACAACAGCUCUUGCCCUGAAAGUUCUCAAAAUGUACCACCUAAGGAUCUCAAUUAUCCUUCCAUGACAGCUUUUGUUCCAUCAGAGAAGUCUUUCACUGUUAAUUUUCACAGAACAGUAACAAAUGUUGGGCUUUCAAACUCUACUUACAGGGCAGAAGUCUCUCCAAGUUCAAGACUUCAUGUUAAAGUGGUUCCUGAAGUUCUCUCCUUCAAGUCAUUAAAGGAAAAGAAGUCUUUUGAUGUAACUGUUACUGGAGAAGGUUUAAAUUCAUCAGCUAUGGUUUCUGCAUCCUUGGUCUGGUCGGAUGGCAACCACACAGUUAGAAAUCCAAUUGUCAUACACACAUUCCGAGGUACAAGAGACUAA